GCAGAGACGAAAUGGAGAAGCCGGCAGCCACCGGUUGCUACAAGUGUGGCCGACCUGGCCACUGGUCACGUGACUGUCCUUCCUCCGCCGCUCAAACCCCCAAUUCCAAUCCAAACCCUAACCCUAACUCUAGGCCGCCCAAUCCCAAUUCCUCAUCUUAUCCUUACAAGAUCGGCGGAGCCGGUGCUUCCAAAGCCAAAAAGGUCUCGGCUCCCAAGACCCGGCCGAAGCUGACCCCUGAGCUGCUUCUCUCCGACGACGGCCUCGGCUACAUCCUCCGCCACUUCCCCAAGUCCUUCAAGUACCGCGGCCGCGGCCACGAGGUUAGGGAUUUGGAGAAUCUGAUUGGGCUGUACACGGAGUGGCACUCUCGUUUGCUGCCCUAUUACUCGUUUGAUCAGUUUGUGCAUAAGGUCGAACAAGUGGCGGCCACCAAACGAGUCAAGAUGUCUCUCAGAGAAUUGAGGGAAAGAGUGGCCAGUGGAGGAGACCUGACAAAGCUGCAUGAACCGCCGGUUAUCGACAACGACGUUCCAAAUGAUGAGCUGGAAACUUUAAACCCUGAAGGACCCUCUGAUCAUCAGGAAGAUCCAUCUUCAGGGAACCAUGAUGAUGAUUUUAUGCAGGACGAUAUGCUUAAUGAAAUUUAUGAGAAAGCCACUGAAGAACCACCAAUUCAGUGUGAUAUGAUUACUGCCAGCAUAAAUGCACCAGAUAGUUUUCAUAAAGAUACUACAAUACAAUUGCCAAACACAAAUAAUGAAGUUAGUAAAUCCAGUGAAAGUCAGAUGACAGAUGAACAGAAGGCCAGAAUGGAAGCUAACAGAUUGAAAGCAAUUGAGAAAGCUGCAGCUAGACGCCGCCAAUUGCAGGAACCAUCAUUGCAGUGUGAUCCAGUCACUGCUAGCAUAACUGCACCAGAUAGUUUUCAGAAAGAUGAUACAACACAGUUGCCAAAUACAAAUGAUGAUGAACAGAUAGCCAGAAUGGAAGCUAAUAGAUUGAAGGCACUUGAGAAAGCUGCAGCUAGGCGCAACCAAUUAGAGGUGGCCUAAAAUUCCUUUUGUGAAAUAAUAUUUGAUGUCUUAUGGAUAUGGAUGAUAAUUGUACACCUUAUGAUCUCUUGUUAAUGUUACUAUUGUCACCAGAAUAUCUCUUGGUAUGUUUAUGUGUUUAAUGUGGGUUGUUAAAAUGCUUUUAUUUAUCCCCUGAA